AUGUUGGAUAGCGACGAUGAUAGUAGUAGUGUGAGUUCGUCGUCAACUUCCCGAGCUGAUCACGUCUCCGUCUCAGGGAACGAAGAAGUGCACUUCGAUCAAGACGCUCUACUCGAUCAAGCUCUCGAUGCCUUGGAUGAGAAAAGGGGCUCCACGAGGGAGACAGCAUUGUCGGUGAUAGUUGGGGCAUUCAGUAGCAACAUGCAGGAUGAGUUUGUGGAUAAGAAAUUUGCUACUUUAUUACAUCAGUGUCUUGCUUCAAUAAAAAAGGGAUCCAAAAAGGCAUCUGCAAAGGAAAUAGCUUUGGCAUCACAGGCCAUUGGUUUGUUGUCCCUGACUGUUGGAUGUGGUGAUAAUCAAGCACGGGAAAUAUUUGAGGAAACAACUCAUACUCUAGAUGAGUUUCUCACAUCUAAAUCAGAUUUGACAAAAAAUCCUUCAUUUCAACUGAUUCUAGAAGUAUAUAUAAACUCUGGACAAGCUCUCAGUGUAAGUAGGAGUUUGGAUACUUUGGAAAGUCUUGGUGAUCAAGAGGAAACAGAGAGAUCAAUGGAUGUACUGUGGCGGGUGAUUCAUCCCAGAUUAGGUUCCAAUGUAGUUGCAGCCAAACCUUCUGCUCCAUUAAUAACUGCUGCGGUAUCUUCUUGGUCCUUUCUCUUAUCUUCAAUGCGCAAGUUGAAGCUAAAUUCUAAAAAUUGGCAAAAUUCGAUAUCUUAUUUAUCAAGUCUUUUAGACAAGGAAGACCGGUCUGUGCGAAUUGCUGCUGGCGAAGCACUGGCUUUAAUCUUUGAGAAUGGAAUUAUAGAGAAAUUUUCUGCUGAUUCUAAAGGUGCAUCUGAAAUGACUCAAGAAGAGAUUAAUCUGCGGGAAAGUAACACCCACUUACAAGGAUUGAAAAGGAAGGUUAUCAAUCAAGUCAAAAACCUUUCUGUUGAGUCUGGUGGAAAAGGUUCUGCUAAGAAAGAUCUUAACAAUCAGAGGAACUUGUUCCGAGAUAUUGUGGAGUUUUUUGAGAUCAUGGGUUCAAAUCCUGUAAACAGUCUCUCCGGUUGUAGGGCUGUGUACAUCUACCCUUCCCAAACAUCACUUUUUGGGAGUCUUGUACCCUUCCCAAACUUCACUUUUUGGGAGUCUUGUGAACUAGUUGAACUUUCUCAAGCACUUUUUAGGGGGAGGGUUCAUCAAGCAUAUGCAGGUCCUCUUAGAAUGUUCAAGUCUCCAAAUUCAGUUCAGAACAAGGCUAGGACACAAUUACUUAAUAAGCAAAGGUUGUUAUCUGAGGGCCGAAACUUGGGUCACUACGCAGCCAGUAGAGUUGACGACGAGGUGUUUUGA